GCGGGGCAUGCGUAGUGCCGCCGAGGGUGAAGGCUCACUUGGAGCAGCGGCGGCGGUUAACGGAGGUGGGAGCGCUGAGGUCAGGUUGUACGUCAAGAAAACAUGGCAGAUCCUUGGCAAGAAUGUAUGGAUUAUGCAGUUACAUUGGCAAAGAAAGCUGGGGAAAUAAUCCGUGGAGCGCUCAAGGAAGAAAAAUCCAUUAUGAUUAAAAGUUCACCAGUAGAUCUAGUGACUGAAACUGAUCAAAAAGUAGAAAACUUCAUUAUCUCAUUGAUAAAAGAAAAGUAUCCUUCUCACAGCUUUAUUGGAGAAGAAUCGGUUGCAGCUGGAGAGGGCAGCAUUUUGACAGAUAGCCCCACAUGGAUUAUAGACCCUAUUGAUGGAACUACCAACUUCGUGCACAGGUUUCCAUUUGUGGCAGUUUCAAUUGGCUUUGUUGUAAACAAAAAGAUAGAGUUUGGAAUUGUGUACAGCUGUGUUGAAGACAAGAUGUACACUGCCAGAAGAGGAAAAGGGGCAUUUUGCAAUGGUCAGAAACUUAAAGUGUCAGGCCAAGAAGACAUUACAAAAUCCCUUAUAGUGACAGAAUUGGGAUCAAAUCGUGAUCCAGAGACUAUAAAAGUUGUUCUUUCUAACAUGGAAAGACUCCUCAGUAUUCCUAUUCACGGGAUUAGAGCCGUUGGUACAGCAGCUGUGAACAUGUGCCUUGUGGCAGCGGGUGGAGCUGAUGCCUAUUAUGAAAUGGGGAUUCACUGCUGGGAUAUGGCAGGGGCUGGAAUCAUUAUUACUGAAGCAGGAGGUGUGCUCCUGGAUGCCUCAGGUGGACCAUUUGAUUUGAUGUCUCGGAGAAUAAUUGCAGCAAGCAGUCGACCUAUUGCAGAGAGAAUAGCCAAAGCACUUCAGAUAAUUCCUCUGAAAAGAGAUGAUGCAACUAACUGAAUACCAAAGCUGCACCUUUAAACAUACAGUUGUACAAUGGUUCUCUCUCUCAUGUGGUGGUUGUUCCACACCUGGCACCUGAUUUAAAAAAAAAUAGAUUGUGUUCUUUCAGUACUGGAUAGCUUAUGGUGUGACUGUGAAGCAGUGUUUUGAGAUUGGACCAAGAUCUACGUAAGCUUUUAUUGUCAAGUAUUCUAUUUAGCAUUAAAAACACAUAUUUGCUUCCUUUUAUAGAUCUACAACUGCUGUUUUGAAGCUUUAUACUACACUGGAAAGCAUAGCUAACACCCUUUAGUUACAUAAUACCAAAACAGAUUCACUAUCUCAGCACCACGCAGAAGCUUAAGGCAGUACUGUUUAUCCGUUCUCUAACCUUUUCUCUCCUGACUGUUGUUUCUUUUUCAGUAUCAUCAACAUAUCAAUUUCCUUAACUUGUUAGGGUUUUUCUAGAAGUAGUUUAUGUAUUUCUGAAUGUUUUUUUAGUUGCUUGUAGUUUGGGAUCUCAUUUAAAGCCCCUUUUAGUUACCUGUCUUUGUUUUUGUAGUCAUGGUUCUACCUUUUUUACAUUAGAUAAACACAGUCUCCUCUUUUGCUUUUUAUGUGGCCAAUAUUCUUGCAUAUUUAUUACAGUUGCAGAAAUAAUAACUACUGUGCCAGGAAAACAUGUUUUUCCCAAGAAUAAGUUCUGAGCACACUUCCUAUUGACAGAUGGACUUGCUCCUGCUUAAGAUUGAAGUAUGACUUAAAUUUGUCCUGUCACUUGGAAUUAUCAGCUUGUAUGUACUAGGUUCUUACUCUUAUUAUUUGAACCAUAAUACCCAUUAAUCUUGUUUGAGUUUCUCCAUGAUUAAUUAAUUUCAGAACCUAAGGAAUAAUUGAAGUCUGAACUGGCAAAAAAUAAGCCAGUAGUCCAGGCUUCUUACAUCGUUCUCUCUGAGUUAUAAAAGCGAUGACUGACCAAGUUCAGGUUUCCAUUGUGUUAUGUUGUGGAUAGGCACAAAAGAAAAUAUGUUUCUAACCCUAAGUGUUUUCAAAUCUAAGAAAUACCAGUAAUCUAAUGCUUUAUAGUUCUAAACUUCUAAAACUAUACAGUUCUUUGCAUUUUUGUACUUAAAAGUAUCAGUCUACUGACCAAACAAUGAACGCACUUUAAGAAAAAACCUUAAUUUAGAUCACUUUUUAACCUGAUUUUUCUGCAUCUGACGUCUCCAAAAUAAAAUUGUCUUAUAGAGAUUGUCCAGUCAGAAGACAGCAACAUUUUGGAAAGCCUGAUUUGUACUGCUGUCCCACUGUCUUUGUUUUGGCAAAUGAUCUUCUCUCUUGAAAGUUCCAGCAUUAAUUUGAGCUUUUAAUAUCAGUUCGUUUUUUUUUUUUUUUUAAACAGUUUUGCUGAAAUGUUGUAUUUGAAACUGUAUCUAAUGCCAGAUGAUUAACAUUAAUGAUCAGCAGCUGCCUGAUAUUAGGUCUUUUUUAAAAAUAAUUUAAAAAAAAUCAGACUUAAUUUUACUUUUAAAGUUACCAUUUGACAUGGAUAGGGACUGUUUGGCCAUUUCACUGUAACUUUAUUGCUGUAAAUGAUUUGGGAUCACUGUUUCUUGAGUAUGACUGUUGUACUAUUUCUCUGGCUUCUGUAGAACAAAACCUGCAUAACUUUUUUUUUUUUUUAAACUGAUUAAUUUGUGAAAUGGAGACAUAGGUUUAAAAAAAAAAUAAAGUGAAAGGAUGUGUUCAAAAUAAAUGGGUCCUGGAGGAGCAGCUGCUUCAGGUGUGCUUCCCUGCUUAAUGAUAGAAUCGUUAGAAAAGCUGUCUGAGAUCACCUAGGCCAAUGAACCACCUGCCAGCAAUGUUGCCCACUAAGCCAUGUCCCUUAGUACUGCGUCCACUCUUUCCUUAAACACCUCCAGUAAUGAUGACUCCACUUUAUCCCUGGGUGAUCUGUUGCAAUGUCUAACCUCUCUCUGAGGAGAAAACAAAAAAUUAAUAUAUAUCAUAGUGCAAUGCUGGGAUCCAGCAAGCUGGGUAUGUGAGCUUGGGGCUGUCUCUGAGUUGAAAACUUUGUCGUCUUGGCCUCUGAUACACAUGAACUGUUAUGCCUCUACAGAACAAGUGCAGGUGUAUAUUGUCUAUAUAUAAAAGUAUAUAAGAACACUUUUAUAAGUGUUCUUAUAAAAAUACUUCAGCAGCUUCCCAUGAGAUGAUAAUAUGCUAAUUAUGUCAGUCCUUAGAUCUCAAAUCUUACAGAGCACUUGACUUUCUUCACUGUUUGUGAGGCCCAGCAGCUGGUUGAAACACAGAGCUUUCUCACCCUUAGCUUUCCUAACACUCUAUGGAGAAUUUAUGGAGCAUCAUUUCACAUAUUUAUUUUCUUACUCAGUAUUCACCUUCUAGGUUUUUUUGUGGUGUUUUUUUUUGUUUGUUUGUUUUUUGUUAAACUAUGUGACAGAUUUUAGGAGUUCUCUGUUUUCUUUUUAACUUCAGUUUUCCUUUCAGGGACAUCAGAAAUCCCUGCUUGCUACUUCGCUGCAGCAUGGUUCUCUCAAAUAAGUCGUAAUGUAAGUUGCGUCUUAUGUCUAUAUAACUUCCAGUCAUAUAGAAAGUACACCUGAAUGUCGUCGUUUAGACACAUUUUGUAUCUGUUACUGUGCAAUUUUGACAAAAGAUUUAGUAAAAUGGUGAAACUGUGAUAACUGUAAUCAAAAUGCUUUUGAGAGAUUAUAAGAUAUGGUCCCUGAAAGUUCAAUAAAACACCUAUUUUAUUUUGAAAAGGGGUGGCAAA